AUGAGUAGUCGGCAGCGAGAUAAGUAUCGUAAAUUUGAUUCAGGCCACCAAAAACGACAGAAAAAACAAAACCUUGAAAAAAAUCUAAAAAAGCAACGUGGUGCGUUAGACAAAUUUGUUUUUUCUUCAGAUACUCUGGAGAGAGUAGCUGAAGAACAGAAUGAAAUUGAAUGUUAUGAAGAAGAGUUAAUAUUGGAAGGUGAUACACAGCAACCCUGUUGUUCCAAAGAAUUUGUGACUCAAAAUAGUAUUGAGAUAGUUGAAAAAUCUAGUGACUUAACAAUAAUUAAUAAUGAAAAAAUAAUUAACGAGAUCAAAGAAGCAGAUAUAAAUUUUAGUGAUCCAGAUCAGUGGCCACAGUCCUUAACCCAUGAUAUUUCACAAUUAAAAAUUCCUAACCCUGGUAGUUUAACUAAUAAUGGAACCUCAGAUUGGAAACAUAUAGCAUUAAAAUUGGAACAACACAAAAAUUCUUCUUCUCAUAAAGAAACAAUUCUCUCUUGGAACGAAUUAAAAACACGAAUUAUUAAAAACGAAACUAUCGAUGAUUUGCAUUUAAAGGAAAUAGAUAAAGAAAAACAAUAUUGGAAAGAUGUGCUAAAACGAAUUUUAUCAGCAAUUUUUUAUUUGGCAAAACAUGGUGAUGCAUUUCGGGGAUCCUCUGAUGUAAUUUAUACGGAACAUAAUGGUAAAUUUUUAGGCCUCAUAGAGAUGAUGGCCAAAUUCGAUCCAGUUAUUCAAGAACAUGUUCGUCGGAUAAAAAAUAAUGAAACUCAUGAUCAUUAUUUAAGUCACCAAAAUACAAGAUGA